AUGGCAGCCUUCGUUUAUUACUACAUCUGGACGCGCAAUCGAAACAAGAGGAUCCUGGACGAACCUUGGCAGCUAUCUUACAGCAAACUCAUGGGGCUCGAACCAAAUUCUGACCUCAGCGACCCAGACGAUGAUCCUGAAUCAAACGAGAAAGGAGAUACAUCGACACCUUAUCAUGAAUCCAAUUCGCGAUCAGCAGCAAAGUACAAUCAAAGCCAUUCGACAAUCAUUGGCAGUUACUCUGAUAUCCAGCCCAUGGACCAAUUAGGAUGCGCUGUUGGCGUCUAUCGCAAUCUGCCAGUGUUUAUCCGACACAUCGGUGGGUCAAGGGUCCACUUGACUCGAAAGCUUAGGAUUGAAAUUAGGAAUGUUAUGGAAUUGCGACAUCCAAAGCUUGUCGAACUUGUCGGAACCUGCCAAUAG